UUCAGUGCUACCACUUUGACAUAAAGAAUCAGCAUGUAAAACAUCUGUUGUCAAAAUGUUGAUUAUAGAAAAAUUAUUAAAACGGCAUUAUAAGUUUGUGGAGUUCACAAAUAUAAUGCAGUUUAGUUAUAUUUGAAUAAAAUAAAAUGUUUCGACAUAUUAUAACUACUACGAAUCGACCAACUUACAUAACCAAUGCUGCAUUACGGUUAAAGCAUUUUUCUUCACAGCCUAAUACACCUCAAGAAAGUAAGAAAAGUUCUACCUUGGACCGUAUAAUGGGAGAAAUAAAAGCCGAUAAGGAAAGACUGCAAUGGCGGAAACCAAUUGGGGAAAGACCCGGUGAUUGGAAUAGUAAACUAAAAGCUUUUGAAGAUUCAGAACAAACUUCCGAUUAUAUCAUUAUGAUGCAGAAACCGAUUAACCUAAGCCCAAGCGCCUUAAAGGAAUGGUGGCGAAAACGCAAUGAACGUGUUGAAAAACAUAUGCAAAAGUAUGUUCAGGAGCGACAUGAAAUACUAGGUCCCGAACUAGCUGCUGCACAUUUCAUUUUAUAUCGCGGUGGUGCAGUAAAAUUCUUACAUGAACGUGGCUGGAUGCGAGCAAACGAAGAUGGAGAAUUCAAUUUGCCAAAUAAAUACCACCCGGCCUACAAAGUCGAGGGGCUUCGAUGUGAUAACAUGACUCUAUAUUAUGAAGGAAUAGAGAAUUUACGUAAUUUACAAGAAAUGAAAUUUCUGUCAUUUCAUAAUGUGCACACAUUUGAUGAUUGGUGUUUAGAUCGUGUAUCUAGUUCUGGGUUUCCAAAAUUGGAAGUUUUAGAUAUGUCAAAUACGAGUUGCACGGUAAAUGGCCUUUCGUGUUUAUACCGCAUACCAACUUUGAAACUGUUAAUUGUCAACGACCCAAAAGAAACGUUGGAGUUUGAAUUAGCAUGUUCCAUGUUGCAAGAAGUUAUACCAAAUUUAAAAAUUGUCGAUGCAGCAUCAAUACAUGAUUUAUAGCCAACAAAACUGUUAUUGUUUUAAAAUUGUAUAUUAAAAAUUAUAUAUAAAAGUAACAACAUCUUCAAACAA